AUGGCCUCCAAAGUAAAGCAAGAUGGCAAGACACCGCCCUCAGUUGCCACGAACCUCAUUGCCGGCGGUGGUGCAGGCAUGAUGGAGGCAUUGGUCUGCCAUCCCCUUGACACGAUCAAGGUGCGAAUGCAGCUGUCGCGACGAGCCAGGAUGCCCGGCGCCCCGAAGCGCGGGUUCAUCCGUACCGGUGUCGAGAUCGUUAAGAAAGAGACGCCCUUGGGUCUAUACAAGGGUCUCGGCGCCGUGUUGACGGGUAUCGUGCCCAAGAUGGCCAUCCGGUUCACGAGUUUCGAGGGGUACAAGCAGAUGCUCGCAGAUAAGAAGACGGGAGUCGUCAGCGGACAGGCUACAUUCUUCGCCGGUCUCGCCGCGGGAGUCACUGAAGCCGUGGCCGUCGUGACGCCCAUGGAAGUCAUCAAGAUCCGUCUGCAGGCGCAACACCAUAGUAUGGCGGACCCUCUCGACAUUCCGAAGUACCGCAACGCCGCGCACGCGCUGUACACCGUUGUCAAGGAGGAGGGCGUCGGCGCAUUGUACCGCGGCGUGUCGCUGACGGCGCUGCGCCAGGGUAGCAACCAGGCCGUCAACUUCACGGCGUACUCGUACUUCAAGGAGGCGCUCAAGGACUACCAGCCCCAGUACGCGGGAACGAACCUCCCGAGCUGGCAGACGACCGUCAUCGGGCUCGUCAGCGGCGCCAUGGGGCCUUUGAGUAAUGCGCCGAUCGACACCAUCAAGACGAGGUUGCAGAAGACGCCGGCCGAGGUGGGCACGAGUGCCUGGAGUCGCAUCGCCAAGAUUUCGAGCGACAUGUUCAAGCAAGAAGGAAUGCAUGCGUUUUACAAGGGCAUCACGCCGCGUAUUAUGCGUGUCGCGCCUGGCCAGGCCGUUACGUUCACCGUCUACGAAUACCUCAAGGAGAAGCUGGAGAAGAGCAACCUCUCGUUCACCGGAGGCAAUUUCGAGGAGUAA